AUGAGCUCUGCAGAUCGUUGGAAUACGCUCUGCAAGGAGUUGCUGGAAGUGAUGAGAGACUCCGAAGCAAUUGGGAGACAUCGGAUUGCACCUGAUGAGUUGGAUAAUAAAACUCUUGAAGAAAUAUUGGAAGUGCUCCCACACGUGAAUCUCAUCAUUUCCAUCCUCAUCGGUGUCAUUUCGAUUGGAGAAGAGGACGACUAUGACAUAUUCCAGAUAGAGCAUCAAAUCGAAGCUCUGGAGAGAAUCAUCGAGUGUUUGGAAGAGGAUUUGAAUGGGAAUCCGGGAAAUGAGGACCAAAUCGAGAGAGCCAUCGAUACCGCAGAGACACUUUUAGAUUGUGCGAAACACUCGAAAGAAACAGAGAAAAGAGAGGACAUGUUGGAUAUUUUAUGGGAAGUUGCGGAAGAGUUUGAGUCAUUGGAAGAUACGGAUAAUGAUGACACCAAGAGAGCCAUCGAAGACAUCGAAAUGGCGACGGAGUCCGAAGUAAAAGAGGAGAAAGAGGAUACUAUGUUCAAUAUUUGGACAACAAUUUUCGGUAUAUCAGCUAUCGGUGUCUUGACUUAUUUUAUUGUAAAGCAUUAG